AUGGUGUUUGCCACCGAAUCCCCGGUUGCUUGGAUUCAUAGGCCUUCCAUAGACGCGAGUAUUGAUGGUGUUUGCCACCGAAUCCCCGGAUGUAUUGGAUUCGUCCGUUUUGGUCGACCGGAUGGUGAUGGAACGUCUUCCUUCGGCCUUCUCCAAUUCUGCUCGUUCCAAUCCGGAUUUUCUUCUUUAGAUGCGAUGUUGAUGCUUGAUUGA